AUGCUGAUCGGCCAGUGCAGCAACGUUUCCUUCGCCUAUCCCGCUUAUGAUGCGUUUUCGAAUAAACCAAGAACUAUCCUAAGAGAGAUAUGUUGCGACUUCCUUCCAGGCUCAUUGACCCUCAUUGUGGGGAGAAACGGCAGCGGCAAGUCCACGCUGCUGAAGCUUAUGUCCGGGAUCUAUACGCCUACGUCGGGAGACCUUCUUUUGGACGACUGCCCUUUGCGUUCCUUCCGAGAGGACGACCUUCGGCAAGCAAUAUACAGGGUACCGCAGGAGCCGCAGAUAUAUCCGCUCUCUCUGCGAGAGAAUCUGCAGAUCGGACUGGCGCAGCCGCCGGACCAGGCCUCGCUCGCGCGCGCAGUCAAAGAGGCUGGCAUCGCGGACCUAGUCGGGUCACUCCGAGACGGUUUUGACACCCUAAUGGGUCCGUUAGAGCAAUCUCGCAGUUCUUGUUAUUUAAUCGCUGAUGAAUUGUGUAGGACUCGUACAAUCGUCCGACUGGAACACUCCGACGUACGGCUCCUGCUCGUCGACGAACCAGCCUCUGCGCUGGACCCAGUCGCCGAGCUGGACUUUUGCACGAAACUUCGAAACUCCAGCAAGGGCAGAACCGUCGUCGUCGUGUCCCACCGCUUCGCGCAGUUGGCCAAGCGCGCGGACAUGAUCCUCUGCAUGAAGGACGGCAAGAUCGUCGAGAGGGGAACACACGAGGAGUUGAUGGGGGUCGGUGGGGAGUACUGGGAGCUUUAUAACGCCCAACAUGCAAGCGACUGA